UGCGAGGUGAUGCCUCCAUCACGCCGGCCCGCGGGCCUCCACACGCCUCCCUGAUGACAUCUGCCCUCCUCGUUCUCCGCGAGCACUUGCAUGUAUAAGAGUCGCCCGGCAGUUCCCCGUCCUCUACUGUUUUCUGGUCUGCUCCCCAUCCAACGCUCGACUCCAACGACUCUCGCUCGUCUUCUUUGGACCACUCUCGCUUCACGCCAAUAUCUCUUGGCAACCUUCGCUUGGAACAACCUUCGACAACAAAAAACGAACCUAAUCUUAAUUCACCAUGAAGUCUGCCACCGUUGUUCUCAUGGCCUCGGCCGCCGCGGCCAUGCCCGGCAACUACCACGCCCAGCCGCCGACCACCACCUCGUGCACCGACGAGUACCCGGUCACUACCAGUUCGACUUACGAGGUCAGCAGUUCCACCUCGUGCGAGGAGGAGACCACUUCUUCGGCCUACGAGGUCACCACGUCGUCGAGCUCGCCCGUGUACCCCACGACCACCUACCCGGUCACCACUGAGUCCAGCUACCCCGUGACCACCAUCUCCUCGACCUAUCCUGUCAGCUCGGAGUCUUCGACCUCGUGCGAGGAGACCACUUCCUCCACGUACGAAGUCAGCACCUCGUCGACCUACCCUGUGUACCCGACCACCACCGAGUCCAGCUACCCCGUGUACCCGACCACCACCUACCCAGUUACCACUGAGUCCAGCUACCCCGUGUACCCGACUACCACGUACCCGGUCAGCUCCGAGUCUUCCACCUCGUGCGAGGAGAGCACCUCCUCGACUUACGAAGUCAGCACGUCGUCGAGCUACCCCGUCUACCCGACUACCAGCUACCCGACUACCAGCUACCCGGUGUACCCAACUACCACCUACCCGGUCAGCUCGGAGUCUUCGACCUCUUGCGAGGAGAGCACCUCCUCCUACGAAGUGAGCACGUCGUCGAGCUACCCCGUGUACCCGACUACUAGCUACCCCGUGUACCCAACCACUACCUACCCGGUCACCACUGAGUCGACCUACCCCGUCACUGAGUCAACCACCUGCACGGAAGAGACUACCUACUCGACGACCACCGAGUACUCGACCUACUACACCACUGUGACUGAGUCCUCGACGACCUGCUCGGAGGAGAUCACCAGCACCAUCUACACCGUGACCUCCUACCCGGUCACCUACCCGGUUACCUCGUACCCAGUGAUCACCACCAGCGCGACCUACCCAGUCACUGAGACCACUGAGUACCCGACCACCGAGUACCCUACCACUGAGUACCCGACCACCGAGUACCCUACCACUGAGUACCCGACUACCUACCCGACCAGCGCCCCCGAGGAGUCGACCUCGUGCCCGCCCACCACCUUCACCACCUACACUCACCCUACUGUUCCUACCACCUACCCAGUUCAGCCUCCUCCCGUUGAGACCACCUACCCCGUCCAGCCUCCCGCUGAGACUACCUACCCUGUCCAGCCUCCCGCUGAGACCACUUAUCCCGUCCAGCCUCCCGCUGAGACCACCUACCCUGUUCACCCUCCGGCCUCGACCACGGUCCCGGCUCCCCCGGCCGGCACCACUACUCCCGUCAUCCCCACGGCCGGUGCUGCCCUGAACACCGUCAGCUUCGCCGCCGUCCUCGGUGCCGUCGCUGUCCUGUUCUUGUAAGAACAACGCGUGUGGCUUUCAGUGACUGACUAGUCGGUCUACACCAAAAGAAAAACACUUCUUCGUUUCGAUUCACUCAUUAUAUCCUGCCAACUACAGAAGCAGCAGCAACAGUCACUGUAUUGUUGAAACGCGAGCACUCCCCUGAUCAAUCUUUGCCAUUAAUCUUUUUCCGGAAGACAAAAAGGAGUUGAGGAGGUAUAGCAGCGACGCCACCCAUGUUUGGGGGAAAAGGUUGAGUUGAUCCCUUUUCCUCGGGUUGCGGCAUGUCCUGCUUUUAUAUUUUGACUUUUUUGUACAACCCUCACGACAUUUUGCACACGCACAUGACCUUUUCAGAUGGGAUGUAUCUAGACUUUAUUCUUCUUUUUUAUAUUGCAGAGGCAAGAUGGUGGAGCUUUGAUCAGGACGAUGGUUGUUGGGGGAUGGGAUUUAAUGAUAAUUGCCUCUUUCUUCA